AUGGCUCCGCCAACGCAGCCAAAGGUCCUGCUCUUUGACAUUGGGGGCGUUUGUGUCGUCUCCCCCUUCCAAGCUAUCCUUGACUACGAAUUGGGCCACUCCAUCCCCCCAGGCUGGGUAAACCACAGUAUCUCCCGCAGCGCCCCAAAUGGAUUCUGGCAUCGUCUCGAACGAGGCGAAAUCCUCCUUGACUCCCACUUCUUCCGCGGCUUCGCUUCCGACCUUCACAACCCGACCCUAUGGAAGGCAUUUUACUCCACCCAGGCGCGGAAAAAUGACACCUCGCUUCCAGUCACAGUUCCACAGCUGCCAAAAGUAGACGCUGAGUUUUUAUUCUGGGCAAUGAUGGGUGGGUCCCGGGGCAUGGAUCCGUGGAUGUAUCCAGCACUCCUUGCGCUGAAGAAAAGCGGGAAGUACAUCAUGGCCGGGUUGAGCAACACGGUUAUCUUUCCACCGAGCCAUCCAUACUCGGAUCCACCACCUAGCGAAGAUGUCCGGAGGCUCUUUGAUGUUUUUAUUUCGAGCGCCCAUGUUGGGCUGCGCAAACCAGAUCCAAAAAUAUAUGAGUUAGCGCUGAGGAAGUUGGACGAAUUUUCCCGAGGGAAUAUCGAGAAGGAUGGAAAGAGUUUAGGCGGGCAAGAAGGGAUAAAGGCAAACGAGGUUCUGUUCCUCGAUGAUAUUGGAGAGAAUUUAAAGGCUGCUAAGAACGUCGGGUUCAGGACCAUCAAAGUAGGUCUAGGAAGAGCAUUUGAGGCUGUGGAUGAACUCGAGCGGGAGACAGGAUUGCAGCUCGCGGGCAGCCACCCCAGGAUACCUGUUACGCCAGUGGUUCCUGGGAAGUCCAAGCUGUAG